UAGUUUACUUCCCUCCUAAUCUCUCACAACCCAGUUUUCUUCUGUCAACCGCUGGCCGGCCUGCCCAGAAAUUUCUUUACAUCACCAUCACCCCCAAAAAUGACUCUAUAUUAUUGACAGUUGUUUAAAAAAAUUCUCCAUUUUUUGAAUUUCUCCGACCUGACUCAAUGGCCGGCGGGAAAUGGCUACCGACGGCCGAGCUCACCAGCAGCGGCCGCCCAGUUCUGCACCCGGGCGAGGUCGAGUGCUCCCUCCUCUCCUCCGUCGACCUCGACUGCGAAGAAAACCCUAGCUUCCCUCUCUUCAAAUCGGGCCUCCUCAUCCUCACCACCCACCGCCUCCUCUGGAUCCCCGACACCACCGGCUCCUCCUCCGCCUCCGCCUCUGCCUCCGCCAUCCCUCUCUCCGCCAUUUCCCACAUCUUCUCCACCAAAAAAUCGAUCAAGUCCAUGUUCGCCAGCCCCAGGGUUCGAUUCCAGGUCUCUUCCAACGCCCAAGGAAGAGUUGACGAUAAAGGCUCGAGGUUGACUGUGAUCACCCUCGUCUUGAGGGGGAAGUCCGACCCGGAUUCGUUUUUGGCGAAGUUUUGGGAGGCUUGGAGGGGCAGAGCAUGGGAGAGCUCUGGUCCGAGUGGGUCCGAAUCGGGGAAAUUCGGUCCGGGCGAUGUUGGUGGGUCGAGUGCCGGAGGGGGACUGAGAAUGCCGGUGGUUGGGGUUUCGGGGAUACUGAGGAAGGAACAGGAAAUGUGGGAGAGUACUGAUAAGAGUUUGCAAGAUGCUUUUCAGGACUUGAAUGCUCUCAUGAGUAAGGCCAAAGAGAUGGUAUUGCUAGCAGAGAAAAUGAGGCAAAAACUUUUAUCAGGCACAAAUAAUCAAGCCAGUUCAGCAAAUGAUGAGGAGAUGGGUUCCAAAGAAGAGAUGCAAGAUUGGUUAUUGAGUGUUGGUAUUGCAUCUCCAGUUACAAAAGAGUCAGCUGGUGCUUUAUAUCACCAACAGUUGUCCCGUCAGUUGGCAGAUUUUGUCAAAAUCCCACUAGAGAGAGCUGGAGGAAUGAUCAAUUUAAUAGAUAUCUAUUGUCUCUUCAAUCGUGCACGUGGUACAGAAUUGAUCUCACCCGAGGAUUUGCUGCUAGCAUGUUCUCUUUGGGGGAAGUUUGAUGUUCCAGUAAUGCUUCGGAAAUUUGAUAGUGGUGUAAUGGUCAUCCAGAACAAGUCCCACAGUGAUGAGGAGGUUUUCUCUAGAAUCAAAGUCCUUGUACUCAAGCCUGAUGCUCUACGAACUGGCAUCAGUGCUAGUGAUGCUGCAAUUACAUUGGGGAUUGCUCCAGCUAUGGCUAAGGAGCAUCUUCUUACAGCUGAGAGCAAAGGUCUGCUAUGCAGAGAUGUAAGCCCUGAUGGCUUCCGGUUUUACAUCAAUCUGUUUCAAGAAAUCAAUCUAGAAAUGGUUAAGGAUCAUGGGACCUACAGUGCAUGGAUUACAGCUACCUUUGCUUCUAGAUGAAGUGCAAAACUGAGAGACCUGAGACUAAGAACUGGACAAUGAUGAAGGAUUUUAGCAGACGUGCGCUGUUUCAGUGUUGGUCUUGUCCUUGGUUACAUGUUUGUUGAGCCAAUUGAUUCGAAGGUAACAGCAGGUGAGGCAAGUGUUGAGAAAGGGAGCCGAUGUUUUACAUGUAUUUGUUUAUUGUAACGUACGGAAGAGUUCAUUUUUUUCAUUUUUCUUUUCUUCUUUUUUUGGAGAGGCAUUCUUGGUGAUUUGAAGCUGUGGAGCCUGUCCCUGUAAAACUGUAUUGGAAACCUUAAAUUGUUAAUGCUAUCUUUUAUUAGGAAAUUUUAUAAUGCACACCUUAAAAAAAGUGUACUACUUGCUCUAGUUA